AUGGCGGGCGCGGAAAGGCCCGCGCCGCUGAUAAUCGAAGAGCACGGCGACUUCCCGCGCCAAAUCGUCCUCGAGAGGGAAGAAGAGGUCAUGGGGCGUAGCAGGGAUUGCAGCAUAUGCGUCCGCUCCGUGCUCGUCUCCCGACGCCACGCCAUUUUCAAACGCCUAACGGACACCAGGCAGUGGUCCGUCUCGGACGCCGGAAGCAAGAACGGUGUGUACGUGAACGGCCAGCGGGUGGACCUGAGCAACCCGCGGGUGUUGGAAAGGAACGACGUUGUGUCGUUGGGUCCGCUUCAAAAAAGGCAUUUCGUGUUCCUAUACACGACGACAGAUCCCCGUCAGGACGCUUUGGCGUUGUUGAGUCACCGUUCGAAAAACGAGCGCGCGUUUCUUGUUUUAAUCGUUAACAGAGGCGCAAACUUCGCUGAAAACACCGCCAGUGCCAUCGUCGAGCAACCCGUCGCGUCCGCCACGGAGGGGAACUCCUCCAGCAACGAACUCGUCGUCGAUCGGGAAAAUAACAACAGCGGCGUCGCGGACGGACCACAGACUUCCACCGCGAUUCACGGUGGCCGGCACACUGGUUCGUCGAAAAACAUUCGGCUCUCGCAGUGGGACAGCAACAACGUGGUUCGGAGGGUGGAGACCAUCAUGGAAAACGAAAUGACUUGCAUCAUCUGCAGCGAGCUCUUUGUAGACGCUGUCAUGUUGCAGUGCGGCCACACCUUUUGCGCCUACUGCAUCCAGAACUGGCGCAAGCAGCGCGACUGCUGCCCGUUCUGUCAAGUCAAGAUCUCGUCGGUGACCAGGUCGUUCGUGGUGGACAACGUGAUCGAGGAGCUCGUCUGCUUCAAUCCCGAGCUCGAAAAGUCCAGGAAACAGCUCGUGCGGUCCAGGCUACUUGACGUCACGGGCCGUGGCGAGGAAGACAUGCGGGUGUGA